GUCAGUGAUAAUAGGAAGCACAUAAUAUAUUAGUGAUAAAGGAGUCAAGAUGUCUGCGAGAUAUAUCUCGUCACUUGCCACGACCGUGGUUAUACUGGGCCUAGUCACAGGUGUCACGCCUGUGUCUGUCGCUCGCCGACAAGACCCAUUCGGGGCCGCGGAACCUGAGGAUACUGCAGCGGGGAUUGUAAACCCCAACCCUUUCGAUCCAUUCGCGGAUCCGAACGCUGCUCAGCCAGCCCAAGAUGAAGACGAAACUGAUAGUCUAAUAGGCACCGACACAUCACAGCCGGAUGAAACUGACCCCAGUGGAAACUCAGAUACCGGUGACCAAACACCGGCCAGCACUGAAGGUCAAACCCCAACUGACUCCAAUGAAGAAACUACCAGCGAACCGGCAGUAGUUCAACCCGCAGCGGAUCCAUUCGCGCCUUUCCAACCAGUCACUCCUGAUGCGGAACAGCAAGAUACAACCGGAACGGAUGGUACACAGCUUGGAGAUACCACUGGUGAUACUACAGGUGCUACUACUGGAGAUACCACUGGGGAUAUUACAGGUGCUACUACUGGGGAUACUACUGGAGUUACUACUGGUGAUACUACUGGUGAUACCACUGGUGAUACUACUGGGGAUACUACUGGUGAUACUGCGGGGGUUACUACUGGUGACCCUACUGGUGUAACUACUGGCGAUACUACUGGAGCUACUACUGGUGAUACUACUGGCGAUACUACUGGAGUUAAUACAGGUGAUACUACGGGAGUUACUACAGGUGAUACUACUGGCGAUACUACUGGAUUUACUACAGGUGAUACUACUGGCGAUACUACUGGUGAUACUACUGGCGGUGCUACGGAUCCGUUCGCGCCUCAGCCCGUUCCUCUGCCUGAACAAGAAGCAGCUAAUGAAACCGAUACUGGAGUGCCCGAUGCUCAGAAUCCUUUCUUGGUUGUUCAACCGACCCCGGUUGAAGAUCCAAAUGCAGUUGUGACACCGGUUGAAGAUACCAACACAGGCACCGACCCGUUCGCUGUUGCUGAUCCAACACAGCCCCAGGUUGAGGAUCCUAACACAGUCCAGACUGACCCUAACGCAGCUGUAACUGAUCCUAACGGAGUCCAGACUGAUCCUAACGCAGCUGUAACUGAUCCUAAUCAGCCCCAGGUUCAGGAUCCUAACACAGUCCAGACUGAUCCUAACGCAGCUGUAACUGAUCCCAAUCAGCCCCAGGUUCAGGAUCCUAACACAGUCCAGACUGACCCUAACGGAGUCCAGACUGAUCCUAACGCAGCUGUAACUGAUCCCAAUCAGCCCCAGGUUCAGGAUCCUAACGCAGUCCAGACUGAUCCUAACGCAGCUGUAACUGAUCCCAAUCAGCCCCAGGUUCAGGAUCCUAACACAGUCCAGACUGAUCCUAACGCAGCUGUAACUAAUCCCAAUCAGCCCCAGGUUCAGGAUCCUAACACAGUCCAGACUGAUCCUAACGCAGCUGUAACUGAUCCCAAUCAGCCCCAGGUUCAGGAUCCUAACACAGUCCAGACUGAUCCUAACGCAGCUGUAACUGAUCCCAAUCAGCCCCAGGUUCAGGAUCCUAACGCAGCCACGGACCCAUUCGCAGUUGCUGAUACAACCCAGCCCCAGGUUGAGGAUCCUAACACAGUCCAGACUGACCCUAACGCAGCUGUAACUGAUCCCAAUCAGCCCCAGGUUCAGGAUCCUAACGCAGCCACGGACCCAUUCGCAGUUGCUGAUACAACCCAGCCUCAGGUUGAGGAUCCUAACACAGUCCAGACUGACCCUAACGCAGCUGUAACUGAUCCCAAUCAGCCCCAGGUUGAACAACUCCCAGUUCUCGAGAGCACCGUGACACGAGUAGCAACACAAGAUGUGGUAGAGGUUGAAGUCACGUCGACACUCUCGCGAACCCUGACUCGUUCAACGGCGGACACCACUGCCACCAGCGUCGAAACCACCACGGAUCAGUUCCCAGCAAUCCCGCAGGAGACAUCAACUGUUAUCGAUGCCCUGCCAACGUUCCCAACGCCCGAGUUGCCAGUGUUUACUACAGCGGAGUUGCCAACCGUCCCUGUUUCGUCGUCUAGCGUCGAAACUACCACUGACAUGUUGACCACAUUCCCUGUUGGACCGCCUCUCCCAGAGUUCGCGCAGACCACUAUGAGCACCAGCAGCAGUACGGAGAUGACAUCAAAUACGGGCCCAGCUAGUCUGGUUAUCGUUACCGAAACAUCCACAGAGGUCGUCACGCCACCUCCAAUUAUCGAGACCGAGGUGAUCGUCUCGAUUGUCUUCGCUGACCCCGAGCCAGAGCAGCCUAAAGUGACUAUUACUUCUACUGAAGUGGUGGGCAGUACCACCACCCAAGCAGUACCUAGCACAAGCACGCUGGUUGUGACUCAAACUGAUACAUCAAUCGAAAUUAUCUUUGAGACUAGUGUUGAGGUCGUAGAAAGCACGGUUUUCGCGUCAGCGAGUGACGAUGCAUCAGAGACGUCGGAUAUAGAGAUAUCAUCUGAAGUACCCUCUGAAUCGAAUGUGGAAGAGUCAAGCUCUGAGGUACCGUCUGAGAUGGAGUCCAGUACCGAAGUGGUUGCGAGUUCCGAAGCCCCCUCGAGUGCCGAACCUAGUGAAGUCGAAUCAAGUGCUGAGCCAAGUGAGGUCGAAUCAUCGGAGGCUGCUAGUAGUGAGGCUGCAUCCAGUGCAGAACCGAGCGAAGCUGAAUCAUCGGAGGCGCCGCCCGUAGUAGUCAACCCGUUUGAUCCUUUCGCGCCGCAGCCUGAGGAGCCGGAAGAAUCCUCUGAACCUGUUGAUCGCGAAAUUCCCAGUGCAUCUGAUGAGGCUGAGUCGUCCGAGGCACCGGAAAAACCUGAACCGGAACCAUUCAAUCCUUUCACAAGAGAUCCUUUCGCUCAACAGCCACAACAACCCGUGGAGACGGCGGCAAGCGAAGAAUCUGAGCCUGCUGCUGAGGCGAGUGAGGCUACAGAAGGUGCCGAGGAAGGUGCCAGUCAGGCUGAAAGCGCUGCUUCGGAGGCUGCAGAAAUUUUGGAAGACUCUAAAAGUGCACACGAGACUGAGGUAGAAACUGAGGUUGUGCAGGAGACUGAAGUAACCCAGGAGACUGAGAGUCAUAUGCGCCUCACCCGCACAAUCGCCUGGACGUCGCUAUGGAGGAUUGGGCAUGAUGGGAUUGGAGGGUUUGCUGGCUGGUACCUCGACCGAGUCACCAUCAUCGACAGACACACAACCAAAUCGUUUGCGUUCCCCUGCUCGAGAUGGCUAUCAACCACGCGCGACGACGGGCAGAUCGUGCGAGAUCUACAAAGCGAAUACUUUUACGCGCUGAAGUCGUCGGAUUUCAAGCCAUCGUCGUCCGAUGUCAUCUCGUUGGGAGGCAAAGACACGUGCAAGGUAUCUACGAACAGCCACAGAACAGCCCUGCUGCACGCAUACGAGUAG